AUGAAAGAAUGUUCAUUACAAGGAAAGCAGACGAGCCACAAAACCAAAUUAGGAACCCUAAUUCCACGGCCGCAACCUGCCGUCAACAUAACGAUAAAGGAGAUGCGUGACAUAUUCGGGAAGGCGCCGCGCGUCAGAUCCGCAUCGGCGCGAACAGGGACACGCGGCAUUGCCUUCUUGGUGUUCGAGGAUAUCUACGACGUCGAACACCUUUUGUGCGUCAACGUUUCAAACAGAUAUCCGAUCGUCUUUUACUACAGCAGGCGAAGAUGGGCUAGAUAUUUGACCGGAGGAAGAAGAAAAAUACGGGUCAAAAUAGCCAUUGAAGCAUGUAAGAAGAACUCAGUUGUGUUGAGAAAAUUGGCUGGUUUCCCGUUCCCAAACAACAGAAGGCCUCUCAUGUCGGUGGGAUAUGGUUCUUUUGAAUCUAAACUCAAGUCAGAAUCUUCAGCCGUUCAUACUUAA